AUGGCGCGGCGGCCAACUGUCAGGCCAGGAGCCAGUUCUCCACAGGUGCUGGGCGCCGGCGCUGGCGCAUGUGCACUCUCUUUCUGUGGAUGUGGAUGGUACAUUUGCCUACUUUUGGCCGAAAUACCGACAAGCGGAGCAGCUGGGAGGGGGGCGGGAAGGGGGAGGGGCAGGCUCGUGGGCACUGUCACCACUGACCAGCCCCGAGGCCGUGGGAGGACGCGGUUGACAACUGUUGUUCUGCCAGAAGUCGAUCAACGGCGAGCGAGUCUGCCGAUUGACGUCGACGUCUCCACCCGCCCUAGAGUAUAG